GGCGGGUUGCAAUGUGAGACCGUGGCUGGUGCUUUAUCCCGGACCCCCUCCGCGUCCCGGUCUGGCCCGUCCGCUCAGGAUGGAUCAGAGGAGAGCAGAACCGGACCGCAACUCCAUCACCAACCCGGUUUCACUUUACGGGGAAUUCACUGUCACCGGUAACCGAAAAGUCCGGUACGCCGUGAGCUUGAGCGAGAGGGAGCUCAUCGUCCAGAGGCUCACCUCAACACCUGUCGGGCGGAACAAGCUGGUGCUCAGCCUGAAGGACUGCGUCGGCUGCCGGUCUUACCGAGCAGAGGACGUCGCGGACCCGGCAGCGUACCUCGCGGUCUACCUGUACCCGCUCCGACGGCGCUGGGUCAGUUCCGGGGGCUCGCGCCAGAGAGCGGAGCACUGCUUCCGUCUCGAGGCGCUUCAGGACCCGCGCGCUAACCUGGAGGAGGCAGAGAAGUGGGCUCGCGCCAUCCGAGAACGCUCUGCCCGGCAACGGUAUCUAAGAGACGGGGUGUUGAUGAGCGAGUUGUCUCGUCCGUGCCGUAUGAUGCUGCUGGUGAAUCCACAGAGCGGGAAAGGACAGGCGCUCACGCUGUACAACAACCACAUCCAACGAAUGCUCAACGAGGCGGGAAUCCCACACACUCUGGUUAUUACCGAGCGGCAGAACCACGCCCGAGAGCUGGUGAGGGAGGCUGACCUGUCACAGUGGGAUGCUUUAGUCAUCAUGUCUGGAGACGGACUUCUAUUUGAGGUGAUAAAUGGUCUGCUGGAGAGACCAGACUGGGAGGAGGCCAUCCGGACACCGCUGGGUAUCCUCCCUGGUGGAUCAGGCAACGCCUUGGCUGCAUCCAUACAUCACUACUCUGGAGCCUCGCCGGUGUCCAGUGAGGAGCUUCUGGUAAGCUGUGGUUUCCUGCUCUGUAAAGGACUCGUGUCCCGUAUGGACCUGGUCUCCAUCCACCUCUCCUCCAGCCCUCGUCUCUUCUCCUUCCUGUCGCUGGCCUGGGGCUUCGUAGCAGACGUGGAUAUAGAGAGCGAGAAGUACCGUCACGUCGGAGCUGCCCGGUUCACAGUCGGCACGCUGAUCAGGCUGGCUUCUCUCCGCGUCUACAAGGGCAAGCUGGCUUACCUGCCUGCCACCGAGGACUACAACAACAAGGAGGGUUUGAGAAAUAACGUGACGCUGCACUGCAACAAUCAGGCCUCCUCCCUGGGUCCAGCCUCUGUGCUGUGUCGACCGUCCAGAGACUCUCCCUGUGAGAACACCUUCCACAACUCCUGCCACUCCAACAACUCCCUCAAAGUGAGGAGGACGGAGAGCACGCCUUCUCGAAGCGCCACCAAAUCCCUCCCCGGCCCGCCAGAUUCCCUGCUGCUGCCUCUGGACCAGCCGCUGCCCAGCGACUGGGUGGUGGUGCAGGAGGAAGACUUUGUCCUCAUGCUGGCCAUGUACCAGUCCCACCUGGCGGAAGACCUGAUGGCAGCCCCGGGCGCCACGGCGGCCGACGGCGUCAUCCAUCUUUUCUACGUUAAAGCGGGAAUAUCCCGCACCGCGCUGCUGAAGCUGUUCCUAGCAAUGGAGAAAGGUGCACAUCUGGCUACUAACUGUCAACAUCUGGUGUACACUAAGGUGCGGGCACUCAGACUGGAGCCAUAUUCACCCAAAGGGAUAAUAACAGUAGAUGGAGAAGUGGUGGAAUAUGGGCCGGUGCAAGCAGAGGUACACAGAGGCCUGGCCAGAUUAAUCUCUGGAUGAACUGAACCACCAGCAGCUCUGCUGUUAAAGGCCCAAUAAACAUAUUUUAGCAUUUCAAAUCUGUCUUAAAUCUUAAAACUAAAUCAAUGGAUGUGAGACUCAUUCACUGUUAUCUGUACAACGGUACAAAGGUACCCGUGUUUCAGGAGGAAAUGACGUGAUGUAGGUUGGGCUAUUACGACAGACAGGUGCGAUGUACGGAGACCCAAAGUGUUGAAUAUUGAAUAAAUGAGUAAGACAUUAUGAAAUUAAUAAUCAUAUUAAUAAAUGGAGACAAACUACAUAAUAGAGCCAUUUAUUUGUAAAAUAACCUAAUGCAGAGCGUUACUACCUAAGGCAUGUGACAAAGCCUGUAAUGUGAUUGGUUGUUUAAGCAGCCAAUCACAUUACUGACUCUGCCCUCAAACAGACUUUAUUACAAAACCCCCUGAAACAAGAUACA